AUGCCAUCACUCAUACAUACUCUCAUACUCGCCCUGGGUAUGCUCCAGGUAGCGGCGGCCUCGGCCAUGGCCUCAGCCCUGGCCUCAGCCGAGCUCCUGCCCGGCGAUUUCCGUCCCGACUUAUACCAGCGAGCGGUUGACGCCGGACUUGCUGGGCUCUGCACCUGUCCCAACCUCGUCAUCUGCUUGGGCGAAAAGUCCCAGUGCACUCAGGACAACAAAGGGGCCAUCAUCUGCUGUAACAUGGGCCAGAGGGCGUUCAACGGGCAGUGCGCUGAUAACACAGCCUCUCUCUGUGCCGACGGGACGACCGUCUGCUCGGGACAGACCCAGUGCGUCACCGACAACAACGGACUCACGUUCUGUUGCGCUGCAGGCCAAAAGGGAGUCAACGGCCGAUGCAUCAGCUCUUCAGUCAACCUUUGCUCUGAUAAUCAAGUCAUGUGCUCUGGAGCCACACCGCAAUGUACCGUCAAUGUCAGCUUCACGUUGAACGCCACUACUGGCGGCACCCCCAGCACCAUGGUCUGCUGCGCAAACGGACAGAAGGCAUUCGACGGCAAAUGCUACCCUGGCAAUGCAAAGCUGGUGCCUUGCGGCAUCAACGGGCCAUGUGACUUUGGUAAUGGGUAUUACUGCGCAUUCGCUGCUAACAAUACCGCAGCCAAUUGUUGCAAGCAGGAUUCGUACCUCAAGGGCACCUUGUGUGUCAAGAAGCCAUAG